AUGGCGGUGCGCAGGCAGCUACAGGAGUUCUUCCAGCAUCCGCAGGUUAAGGGGGUCAUUACUGUGGAGCGGCCGUUCGUCCCCGACGUCGCCACGCGGGUCCCGGAGCCGUUCGUCCCCCACGCUGCCACGCGGGUCCCGGAGCCGUUCGUCCCCCACGCUGCCACGCGGGUCCCGAAGCCGUGCUUGCCCGACACUGCCACGCGGGUCCCGAAGCCGUGCUUGCCCGACGCUGCCACGCGGGUCCCGAAGCCGUCUUCUGCUGCUGGCACAGAAGUCCUGCCAAAGUCAUGUUCCUCGACGCCUUCCUUGCCCCUACGGCGGCGGGCUCCGCUGCCGGAGCACUGCGCCAUGUUUCAGUGCCGCGGCUGUCGGGCUGUGCUGGGGGACUCGCUGCAUUUGUGCGCUCAGGAACCGCGGCUCGGCGCCCUCGUCUGUUUUAAAGUCACAAAUGAAGUGGCCUGUGCGGAUUCGCUCAUGAUCGGCCUUGAGGGAGCCCUCCUGGGAUGUGCUUACUACUCAUUAGGCUGUCAGUCAUGUGGCUCGGUGGUGGGCUUCAUGCUUUAUUCUACUGCCAGAGACCUGGCCUCUCUGCGAGGCUUCUUCUGUUUGUUCAAGGACAACAUCCUCUGUUACCUCUUAAAGAAACAAAUCAUCAUAGAAGCGACAAAGAUAAAUUUUCCUCCUGUGACCUUAAAGAGAAAAGUGCAGCAGUUGAAAGAAAAGCUUGUGGAUGUUCACGUUCGCAUAGAAGUACUGAUGAAGAAGAUGGAGGAACUGGAACAAAAGUAUACUAUGGCAGAAAGGCAAAGCUCUGUCCUGGAAGCAGUUAGUCUACCACCAGGAUAUGCAAUAGUCAAGGUGCAAUUCCCAACAGGAGUACUGGCCAGACCUGCAGCAGCAGCAGCAGCACUGUUCGGCAUGGGGGCAGCACUGCCAAAGGAGGAAGGUCAGUACCGGCCACCACACUUUGACACCCCGCACCGAAAUGCGGUAGCAUCUAACACCUCCACCUAG